AUGAGUAAACUUUUCCCCUUGAAAUUUUUGGAAAAGGAUUGGCAAAACACCCUCGGUACGUAUUGUCCCCUUGCGUUUUAAUAAACCAAAUUAAGCAUUUCCCUGUAAAUUCCUUAAACGUGAUAUUCUGCAGGCGGAUUUACAUAUUUGCAAGGUUGUUCAUGGACUGACAAAGAAUCAGGGUGCUAUGGGACUUUGAAAAGUCGACGCAUUUUGCCUGAAGCAGGUUGGAAUUGUAUGCAGCUCUGGUAUUAUCUUGAAACCACCGGAUCUGGUUCUCUUAAGGUGUCUUUAAUAAUCAAUGAAACCAAAGCCAUUUUGUGGAGUUCAGACUUUCAUCAAGAUCAAGGAAAAGCUGGACAUUGGAUGUAUGUUCGCUUGCCAAUCGACUUUGGCUCGAGGCCAUACCAGGUGAAUACCAUAGCUAAAUAAAAAACUCUAAAGCUAUUGAAUUACUAAAAAACUUAGUUAGCUCAGUUUGGGUUGAUACUGCGAAACCCUAUCCUAAGUUGGAAAAGAAGGAGGCAGCCGAUCUGAUUCUACCAAAAUUAAAAUGUAUUACUGAUUCCUGUUUACUUCAUCGGAUGUUUUCGUGACGAUAAUUUCCUGACAAGCAUCAUUUACAAUGUGAUAGUUUCACUCAACGGACACAAGAAGCUAAACAUGCCAUAUAUGACGGACCAAACUGCCAAGAUUAAGAAAAGGAUUUUGUUUCAUUGUAUGUUUUUCCAAGAUUUUGGUUAUUGAUGGGCAAGCAUUUGAGGCCUACUGUAUUUGCAAGUUAUAACAAGCUUCCCUGCCAAAACGGAGAAACAACUAUUUAAAGACUGGUGGCCGGAAGUGAAAGUUAUGUUGCCUUUUGUCUUACCGAGAAAACACUUCAGUAUCAUGACAAGGGUGAAGUCUUUGACGUUUAGUCUUUUUUGGAUGUAACUAGGUCCUUCUUGAAGGCCUUCUUGAACGGCAGACGUCCUCGAAGCGGGCAUUCCUUGCCGUGGAUGACAUAGCUUUUCAAACCGAAGGAUGUGAAGUAAUUCCCUGGCAAGGCAAGUGUGAUUCACCCAGUUGA